CUCAUUGAAGCCGCUCAGAGAAGAAACUACGGCAGGAGGGGGAGCAGUCUGUCGGCCUUACUUAGACACAUUUUGACAGAGCAUUCCCUUUAAAAUGGCGUACCACAGUCCGUACAAAGCUCCCCCACACAUCAACGCCCCCCCGGACCAGGGCUUUCUGUGGAAUAUCUUUCAGAGGGUCGACAAGGACCGCAGUGGAGUGAUAUCAGACUCAGAGCUUCAGCAGGCCUUAUCGAAUGGCACAUGGACUCCUUUUAACCCAGUGACAGUGCGCUCCAUCAUAUCCAUGUUCGACAGGGAAAAUAAAGGCGGGGUGAACUUCAACGAGUUCGCUGGCGUGUGGAAGUACAUCACAGACUGGCAGAACAUCUUCCGGACCUACGACAGGGACAACUCAGGCUUCAUUGAUAAGAACGAGCUCAGACAGGCGCUGACUGGAUUUGGGUAUCGUCUGUCAGAUCAGUUCUACAACACACUGAUAGAGAAGUUCGACCGCCAGAGGAAGGGACAGGUUGCCUUCGAUGACUUCAUCCAGUGCUGCAUUGUACUACAGAGGUUGACAGACGUGUUCAGGCGGUACGACACAGACCAGGAUGGCUGGAUCCAGGUUUCAUAUGAACAGUAUCUAUCCAUGGUCUUCAAUGUAGUAUAAUGCACACGGAUCACCACAGAAGAGCACAACUGUACACAACUGUGCCAAAGCUACAGGCACCUCCCAGAUGUCUGCCAUGGUGGACACUACAAGAUUUUUUUUUUCAACCUGAUUUUUAGCCUCAAUUGGGCUGUUUCACACACCUUUUUAACAUUAAUACAAGGAAACUUCCUUUUUGGUGGUUGUGAUUAUGAUGGUGAUCACAGUAUUUGUCUGGAGGUACAACUACAAUGCUUGAUAUAUUAAAAAAAAAAUUCUUGUAGUGUUU